ACGCCCCAAAAGCAUCCUGCGGCGACGGUCGCGGCCUUUGCGCCUUCGGGUAUGUUCAUCGGCUGUGCGGGUGCGGAGGACAUGCUUGUGAAUGGGCGGAAGAACUUGGUGAGAAAGGACAUAGAGAGGUAGAGGAGGAACGGGAAAAGUAGAUAGAGGAGCUUCAGUUUGGCGACUCGCGGCACGGUAAUGAUUUGGGCGCGAUAUUUACUGAAUGGGAUUCUUUUUAUGGGUCUGACACUUUCGCCCCACGAGGGUUCGAUGAUGCCAUCGUUAUCUGACAAAUCGUGUCAUAGACUAGAGGCUGGACCGCCUUCGGACGACCGCGCUGCGAGUUGUGGCGCUGUAAGGUGUGGCGCAGCUUGCGUCUAUCAUCAGCAACAUAUGACCAUUGUGAAUGUUGCUGUCGCGUCUGCUCCGAUUUUGAUGAUGCGCGCAUGCUUGGAGGUAAGGUGUCUGAGCGCUGUUGGAGUUGAGAGGGGCUUCCUUUUGCGCAGAACGCACCUUCCUGACUUGGCAGGUGGGCAAUGGCAGCUGCAGUCGACAGCAAAACAUGGAUUCGCGCACGACAUCGACAUUGUCAAUAACAACCUUGAUCCAUUGGGGCCCGGCUCCCCAUAAGCGGCGCGAUAGUGUUCUGGGGGAGUACCGAACUCAUAAUAGUAUACCAGUAUUACCUAAGAAAGCUAACAGCAAUACAUUGAUAGUCUCAUCUAUUGAAUCCCAAGAGGAGGGAUCUCUCCACAAUU